AUGUCGAGGUUCCUACCGAGCCGGCGGGUCCAAAUCGAGUCUGCUCGCUACGACGAUGACAAUGGCCGCGCCCCUGAAACCCUGGAUAACGACGGCACUGAUGGAAGUGGUAGCACGAAGCUGCGGCCUUCUGAUAGCAACGUGACGGAAGAUCAAGAGCCGUUUAUGGGAGUCAAAAUCCGGAGAAAAGCCUCUCGCCUUCGAGAUUAUUUGGGUGAUUAUAUCGAUGUGCCAUCCAGACCCUACCUCAUGAGAAUUCUAGAAAAACAAGGUGAUAAAAAAGUUUUCUUUGCGGAUAAAGUUUUAAAAUUCACUAGCUCAGGGAAGAUGAAACGCCGGAUACUUCUAAUAACUGAUUUUGCCAUCUACAUUGUGGACCCAGACACCAAUGCUCUCAAAAGAAGGAUUGCACUGGCAGCUGUUGAGAAGCUUUGUUUGAGUGAACUAAGUGACAAUUUCUUUGCCAUUAUUAUUCCCACAGAAUAUGAUAUACUCAUGGCUAGUACCCGAAAGACUGAAAUUGUAACUGUCUUAGUAGAUGCUACCAAAAGCGCAUCAGACUAUGAACUUGAGGUAUCUCUGUCUAACAGGUUCGAGUAUCAUGCAGGUGCUGAUGUAGUGAAGGAAAUUCAAUUUGAGGAAGUUGAAGGUGGUGUCAAAACAAGAAUCAUACGGAAAUGA